UCGCAUAUGGAUGACGUCACGGCGUGUUCCAUCAUGGCGGCUGAAGGCUGCGAGGAGAUGAGCGGCAACGGGGAGCUCGAGGAGUCUCCAGCUUUGGAGACCUCUGAUGUCCCUGUACAACCUGGGGUGGAGAUAUUGGAGGAGAAUGGUGGCGCCGCUGUGGCCCCUCCAUGCCCUGAUUCCACUUCCCUCUCCGUGUUACCCGCUACAGAGGAUGAGGAGGGGGAUCCGCCUGCAGACUUUGAUCGUCUGUGGAAGGCCGCUCAUGACAACCCACAGGACUUCACCAGCUGGACUGAUCUUUUGCAAUACUGCGAGCAGGAGAGUCAUGCUACAGCAUCUCGGAGAGCACUGGAGGCCUUUCUUGCUCGCUACCCCCUCUGCUAUGGCUACUGGAAGAAAUUUGCUGAUUUGGAGCGUCGUGCAGGGUACAACAACAAAGCAGAGGAGGUAUGUAUCCAGGGCCUUCAGUCAAUCCCUCUGAGUGUAGAUCUGUGGAUCCACUAUAUCAAUCUGCUGCUGGGAACACUGGACAUGAACCUACCUGAGUCACCCAUGCGGAUUCGGAGUGUAUUUGAGGAUGCGGUUACUGCAGCAGGUCUGGACUUCCACUCAGAUCGGCUUUGGGAUCUGUAUAUUGAAUGGGAGAAGGAGCAGGGGAACACGAAGAACGCUGCUGCUGUCCUAGAUAGAGUUCUCCAGGUCCCCACACAGCUCUACAACACCCACUAUGACAAGUUCAAGGCCCAUCUGAACAGCCAUGAACCCAAAGAGUUGCUUUCCUUAGAGGAGUAUGAGGAGGUGAGGGCGUUGUGCCGGCAGACUCAGAAGGCUGAGCGUGCUGAACAGGCCCAGGAGGAAGAAGAGGAAAGACCGCCGGGGGAGGAAGAGCCGGCCACACCAGAAGGCACGGACACAGAGGAACUGAUGCAGAAGAUUAGGGAACAAGUUCUGGUUCGCAGGGAUAAAGUGUACCAGCAGAAUGAGGGAGAAGUACGCAAGAGAUGGCACUUUGAAGAUGCUAUUAAACGACCUUACUUCCACGUCAAACCCCUCGACCGUCUCCAACUGCGAGCUUGGCACUCCUAUUUGGACUGGGAGAUAGCUCAGCUUACCAGCGACACCAGAGACCCCAACCAAGACUUAAACCAGGCAGCUACAGAGGGGUCAGAGGUCACGGUACAGCCUCAGGAUGAAUCAGAGAGGAGUGUGGUUGCCCUUGACGACCACAGGGUUCGCAUCCUGUUUGAGCGCUGCCUGAUUGCCUGCGCUUUGUAUGAGGAGUGCUGGAUCAGGUAUGUCCAGUAUCUGGAGCCGCAGAGUGUGGACGAGGCUCGGACUGUGUUCAGACGAGCCUGUGAGAUCCACCUGACGCACAAACCCAACAUCCAUAUGCAGUGGGCCACCUUUGAGGAGAGGCAUGGUGACUUAACUGAGGCCCGGCGAAUACUGGAAGCCCUAGAGAAAAACCUACCCGGGUUGGCGGUGGUACGUCUCCGCAGGGCCGGUUUGGAGAGACGAGCAGGACAGCUGGACCAAUCAGAGGCCUUGCUGCAAGAGGCGGUGACAGAAUCUAAAGAAAAGCCCACGUUACAUGCUUUCUACUCCAUUAAACUGGCUCGUCUGCUGCUGAAGCUCAGCAGAAACCCCAGCAGGGCCAGAAUAGUCCUACAGGAGGCGCUGGAAAUUAGUCCGGAUAACGAUAAACUCCAUAUGAAUCUGUUAGAACUGGAGGUGUCGGGGGACCCGUGGACCUCAACCGAGGCAGUGCAGGAGUGUGUAAGACGAGCCUUGGCAGCUCCCCUCGAUCCACACACCAAGAUCCUCUUCUCUGAGAGGGGUCUGCAGUACAUAGAGGACUAUAGCAACUCCAUUCAAAGUGUGGUGUCAGUUUAUGAGGGACACCAGAAACUAGUUAAGGAGCUUGGUGGGACAAAGAGAGGAGCAGAGAAUGGGGACGAGGAUCCAGAGAAGCUGAGCAAAGCUGACGAUGGUUCAGCUGUUCCUGUAUCUGCACAAGUCCCACCUACAAUGCCUCAUGUUCCCAUCACCACACCCCCUCCUCCUAUGAUGGGCAGUGACCAGAGUGGUUACAGUGGAUACGGGAGCUGGUACCAGCAACCACAGUAUGGCAGCUACGGCUAUCAGAACACCUGGAACUACAACCAGGGCUACUACCCUCCCAGCUAAAGUAACACAAACUGACAGCUGAAAGCCACAGGAAGCAGUGAGAUGCAGGAUGAACAAAAAGAGACUGAGCCACCCAGUCCUGCUGGUUCACCUGCUAAAACACACCAGAGCAUCAUUUCCUCUCCGUCCUUCCUCUGAGUUACCUCACAGUCCAGGAUUUGUGAAAAUGUUACAUGUCUGGUCAUUUCAGUGUUGAUUCUGGGGGGACAGGUGGAAAAACGAUGCAAGGAAACAGUCUCUCUUCAUCAUUUUGGCUGUUUUAAUCAGAACUAUUUUUCUAUUUGUGUGCAAGCCAACCCUUUUGCCUGUAUUUUAAAGUCAUCUGAUGUAUCAAAUUUUACAGGUGAUGUAUAAGUGGCAUUUUUUACCAUUCCACAAUUUAGGGUUUUUGUUGCUUUUCUAUUGUAUAUAAAGGUAUUUUAUAGUGUGUCACAA